AUGAUUCGGUCGUUUUGAGAGAACGUCAAACUUGACGCUGAGCCGUCGGCAAACACCAACAUGAAGAUAUUAACGUUUUUACCGAAAUCAUGACACAAAUCCGACUAUUUUCCGCGGAUGUUAAGUUUUUUAGACUUUAUCCCGGCUCCGGUGAUUCUGUCACUAGUUUAACUAACUAACCACCGUCGACUAAACGCUACUAGUCAGCCAGUUAUCUCCGUGUUUGUGCAGGAAUGGAGGAGGAUUUCCUGCUCGCCGUGCAGCUCCAGCAGCAGUUCAACAGCGAAUACGAGCAGCUUUCGUUCCCGUCGGACGGACCAAGCGGUAAGAAACGGAGGCUGGAGGGAACCGGAGGAGGAACCGGAGGAGGAGGCGGCGCUGUGCCCUCCUGGAAGCCGGCCGUCCGAGCCGAGAGGCCGCUGUCCAUCGUGGAUGAGUCCUGGGAGAUGCUGGACCCGCACCCCGACAUCAGAGCCAUGUUUCUGGAGUUCAACGCCUCCUUCUUCUGGGGGAAACUCAGCGGGGUGGAGGUGAAGUGGAGCCCGAGGAUGACUCUGUGUGCCGGUGUCUGUUCCUACGAGGGUCGAGGUGGACUGUGUUCAAUCCGACUCAGCGAGCCUCUGCUGAAGCUCCGCCCGAGGAAAGACCUGGUGCAGACUCUCCUUCACGAGAUGAUUCACGCGCUGCUGUUCGUGACCCAGAACAACAGAGACCGAGACGGCCACGGCCCCGAGUUCUGCAAGCACAUGAACCGGAUCAACGACGCCACCGGGACCAGGAUUUCUGUCUACCACAGUUUCCACGACGAGGUCGACGUGUACCGGCAGCACUGGUGGAAAUGCAACGGGCCCUGCCAGAACCGCAAGCCCUACUUUGGCUUCGUGAAGAGGGCCAUGAACCGGGCUCCGUCCUCCCAGGACCCCUGGUGGGAGGACCACAGGAGGACGUGUGGGGGGACGUACACCAAGGUCAAAGAGCCGGAGGGAUACGGCAAAAAAGGCAAGAAGGAUGGAAAAAAGGACGGGAAGCCCUCGGAGAAGAAGAACCCGGGAAAUGGAAAACCUUCAAGUACGACUCCAGCUUCCGGAUCACAGGACAUCAGGAACAUCAUCCCGUUUAGCGGCAAAGGCUUCCUGCUCGGAGGGAAUUCCCAGUCCUCUACGUCUUCCUCCCCGUCUCACAAACCCGUCGCGCCCGCCUCGUCCAGCCCCGCCGCCUCUUCCUCUCCGAAGAAACCCUUCACCCCGUCGUCUCCAGCUCAAACGCUCACUUCUCCCGUUCGCGCCGGCGUCCCUCGCGCCUUUCCCUCCGCGGGAUCGAAGCCACCCGUAAAGAGGUCCGUCGGUAACACCAGAUACUUCGUCAGCAUCAACGGCUCGCCGGUGAGAAUCCCCAAACCCCACAGCGGCGGCGGCGGCCAGGAAGCAAAUAAAAUCAGACAGCGGUCCAUUGAAGACGUCUUCAACAGCGCAAACCGCAGGAAGUCAGCGAGUCAGUCGUCCCCGUCCAACACAGACGGAAACAGAGAUUCACUGACUGCUUCUUCUGCUUCUUCCUUCUUUCCUAAACCGCAAAGUAACCGCUCCUCUUCCUCUCCGACAGUGCCGAGUUCUUCUGUAGUAACAGGAAGCAAAGGCAGCCCCGCUCGACCAACGCAGUCCAAGUAUUUCAGCGACUCUAGCGGCGCCGGUGCGACGGGAGCUGCUGGUGGCGGCCCGGCGUCGAGGAAGAGGCCGUGGGACGACCGCAGCAGCUCAGCCGCCAUCUUCAGCUUCUUCCAGAAGACGUUAGGCGGCGCUACGGCGGCGUCGAGGGAGUCACAGAGGACAGAACCACCUGCCACCUCCUCGUCCUCCUCCUCCUCCUCUUCCUCCUCCUCCUCGUCCUCCUCUGCGCUGACGGUCAGCUGCCCGGUGUGCCAGGCAAAGGUGCCGGAGUCAAAGAUCAACGAGCACCUCGACUCCUGUCUCUCCUGAACGAGGACGACUGGGAGACAGAAACACUUCCGCCUCCGUCCACAGGGGGCCGCCAGAAUCGACCCGAUGAAAGCUGCUCGUUGCUGUUUGGACUUUGAUUUGAAGAAGACGGUUUGACUUCUGGUCGUGGUUGUCUCUGUUACCUCACUGUAAUAAUGGUCGCUCUCCUCUCACGAGGGCCUGUGUGACAGUUUGUGCCUUACACUCAGAGAACAGCAGCGCUUAACAGAGCGGAGAAUUUAAACUGACUUUAACUCGAGUUAACUGUCAUCUUAUCAGGAAAAACAAACUUUUAAACUUUUAAACUUUAAAUUGUGUUAGUGUCUGGUUGCAGGUUUGUGUAUUUGACCAGAAACUGAAUCAUUCUUGUUUUAAACUGUGUUGAAUAUUUAAAGAAUGACAUCCUCUUCCCCUGCUGCUGUCCUUUAAAUAGCAGCUGAUUGAUCAGCGUGCUGUGAAAGCAAUAUAUCCAGACGCUGCUGCCUUGUGAUGGAGGAUAUUUCUGCCUCCUCUCUGGGGGGGUCGGAUGGGUUGGCUGGUUCCUGUAGCUCCAUCGAUCCCCCCUCCCCCCCUCCCUCAAAAUCUGCAUCUGCCCUUCAGACAGCAGGAGACACUGCCUGACCUCAGCUGAUCUGUGGGAAUCUGGUUUCACACUUCACAGCUAUUUAUUUCUGCGCAGUCAGUCCACAGCCGGCUGCUGCAGCGUCGGGCAGCGAGCAGGUAUCUGAUUGUGCCUCAGUAACACACUGACGUUACUGAUGUGCUUCAGCUGUUUAACUUUAUGUCUGCACCACUUUUUACACGUGUCUGUUUUUAAAUUAAAGUUCUGAAUAUGUUUGUGUUCUGUUGCCAAAUAAAACAUUUGUACUGUC